AGUUCGAAAAUUUAACCGAAAAGUUUUGUUUGAUUUUGUUGUGUUUGAUUUUUUGUUUACAACUUUGCACUUCGCAUUAAAGAAUAAAAAAAAUCCGCGUUCUAGCUGAUCACAUCAUAAUGAAUACUAAUGGUUUAGAGAAAGACUUGAACAAACAAAGGCAAAAUAGUGGAAUUGAAAUGAGACUGUCUGAGGUAUUGACUUCCAAUGAUAAUCAACAGACAAAUCAAAAGAACACAAGUACAACAAAGCAUGAAGGAACUCUAAGUUCUGUUAAAAAAAAAGUCUUUCCCUUUCGUAACAUAAAUGUAAACCCAAUCAACAUAUCAGCACUACUGAAAGAACUAGAUGAGGAUGGUGAUGAUUUAGAAGAAGACAUACCAAAAUUGAAUAAAGAUGACAGUUUUGUAACAAGCACAAAAACAUUUUGUGAUGAAGUGAAGAAACCUAAUCCUUUUGCAGAAAUUAAAGAAAAUAUAAGCCCACAUAAAAAAUCAAUUGAUUGCAAAGCAAUAGAAGAAUACCAAACAAACUCAGUAAAUAAUGUGAAAAAGUGUUUAAUCCCAAGUAUUACUAUUUGUACAGAUGUGGAAAAACCUAUUAAUCCACCUAAUAAUGAACUUCAAACAAAUAUUCCCCCCAAUAAAAAUUUACCAACAACAUACAAUCAAAGCCAAAAUAGUGCACAUCUGGUUGCUAGCAAAUCAACAGUGAUCCCAAAAGCUGAGGACAGUUUCGAGUUGGACUUGUCAGUUUUAGUGUCACCAGCAAAAGGACGAGGAGACAUUCUGGCAACACCAAUUGGAAAAAGACCUGACCAUGAGUUUGUAACACCUAGGAUGAAUCCACCCAGAAUUCAGUUCAGUGCAAAAAAGGAACUGCCAAUUCAUAGAUCCAGUGGGAAGAAAACUAUGUCAAAGCUAAAAGAUAGAAUCGAUGGAUUUUUUAACAUGGACAAUAAACUUGAUUGUUUGAAUACAAUAAGCGAGGAGAAUAGAUUAUUAGUAAAGGGUGUGGAGUACAUGAUAUUAAAUCGGCUUGGAAGAGGAGGUAGUUCUGAAGUAUUCCUUUGUCAAUGUGUGGAUGAUGAAAUAUAUUAUGCUAUUAAAUGUGUAUCUCUACAUGAUCCUGUUACUGCUCAGGGCUAUCUUAAUGAAGUGGAGAUUUUGGGUAAACUACAAAACUGUGAAAGAAUUAUCAAAAUGAAGGAACAUGAGUAUUUAAAGGAGGAGAAGAAGUUGUAUGUGGUGUUGGAAAAAGGUGGUGAAGACAUGUCCACAAUUUUAAAGCAUUUGGCUCUGAAGAAGUCUCACAUUUCAGUUCACACUCUACUGUUUUAUUGGAUGGAAAUGUUGUAUGCUGUGAGGGAGAUACAUAAAAAUGGCAUAGUUCACAGUGACUUGAAACCAGCCAAUUUUAUACAAGCAGGGGGUGGCCUAAAACUAAUAGAUUUUGGCAUAUCUAGAUGUAUGCAAAUGGACAUGACAUCUGUGAUUAAAACAAAUCCUGAAGGCUCUUGUAAUUACAUGUCCCCAGAGGCACUGAAAAAUGAGACUAGCACAAACCUGGACAGUCCCAAUUAUGGAAAGAACAAAUUUAAGAUAAAUUUCAAGAGUGAUGUGUGGUCAUUGGGAUGCAUCUUGUACCAGUUUGUGUACCGGAAAACGCCGUUCCAACACAUAAGCCAAGUAUGGUCAAAGUUGAUGACGAUCGUGGACUCGAAUCACAAAAUCGAAUAUCCGGAUGCGCCGUGGGUGCCACAAAAGAUAAUAAACACCAUCAAAUCGUGUUUACAGUACGAGAAGAACAAAAGGCCGUCCGUUAAUCAGUUGAUAUCCGAAUACGAGCACAGCUUACUGCAUCUUCCUUAAAGUGUUGAGAAUGUGAAUUUGUAUGUUUAAAAUUUAUUUAUAGUGUUGAGUUGCUGGAUGGCUAGACGGAAACGUUGUUGAUGCUAACAUGUGUUAGCAUUCAACACAAAAAUAUUAGUUGUAACAGUAAUUACAGUACAACACAACAAACAUGUAUUAUAUAACCACUAUAAAAUCCUUUGUAAAUAAACAAAACUUAACAUUAAAUAUAUAUAAUUUAAAUAA